GGAAGGUAAAGGUCUUCUUAUAAGUCUUCGCUGAUUUGAUCAUGUGGACUGUCCUCACUUCAUUUCUUCUGGUCUAACACGCCACUCUCUGUAUCUCUCUCUCAAUUCCCUUUUAUUUCUAUGCGUGUAUAUUCUACUUUUCUUUCUCAUCUUGUUACUUUCCCACCUGCAUUGCUUGUUUAUUUCCUGUUUCAUGCUUCGGUUUUGAAUCGUAAUUAUUUUUCUACCGACUCCAUUAUCUGCCCAUUUAUACCUGUCAUUCUAUUCUUGGUUGGUUUUCUGCUGCCAUCACUUCUCUACAAUAUAAUUCCUCCGAUCAAAGUUCAAUUCUUUCUUUGUUGUGUUUACACUUUGAUUCAAUCCUCAACUGGGUUUCUUAGUUUGCUUCUCUAUCUAUAUAGUUUGCUAAGCUUGCUUUUUCCCUUCAUUUCCUGCGGUUUUCAUUUCUUCAUCCUGCGUUUCUUUUUUGAGCCCUUUUAAGGCCCUCCUUCACUCUUGCGAUUGCAACAAUCUGAGACAAUACGUGCUUGUGGCAAGUUUUAAUAUCGAAAGCUUAAGGGAAAAACCAUGAAGUGUUUCUAUAUUUUUAAGGAUAAAUCUAAGAACAUGAAAGGGAAAGCAAAUUCAGCCCCAGAAUUGGGAGGCCAGCGCAAAUCAGAUACUUCAUCUUCGAGUCGUGCAGCGAAGUCCUUACCAUGUCCAAGAAGCAUACCUGAAUUGUACAACGUGAGCGAGCACAAUUUGCAAGUUUUCAGUUUUCAAGAGCUUAGAGAGGCUACAAAUGGUUUUAACAGAUUGCUUAAGAUUGGAGAAGGUGGUUUUGGGAGCGUGUACAAGGGAACAAUCAGACCUGCUGAUGGUCAAGGGGAUCCUAUAGUGGUUGCCAUAAAGAAGCUCAACAACCACGGCUUGCAGGGUCAUAAACAAUGGCUUGCAGAAGUUCAAUUUCUUCGGGUUGUUAGUCACCCAAACCUAGUGAAACUUAUAGGUUACUGCUCCGUAGAUGGUGAAAGAGGGAUCCAACGGCUACUGGUUUAUGAAUAUAUGCCUAACAGAAGCUUAGAAGAUCAUCUUUUCAACAGAGGUCUGCCCAAUCUGCCAUGGAGGAAAAGAUUAGAGAUAAUCCUUGGUGCUGCUGAAGGAUUGGCUUACUUGCAUGGAGGAAUGGAAGUCCAGGUAAUUUAUAGAGAUUUCAAAUCCUCGAAUGUUCUUUUGGAUGAGGACUUUAAGCCGAAGCUCUCAGAUUUUGGGCUUGCUAGAGAAGGGCCGACUGGGGAUCGGACUCAUGUAUCCACUGCGGUGCUUGGUACAUAUGGGUAUGCUGCUCCUGAAUAUGUUGAAACAGGCCACCUCACCAGCCAAAGUGAUAUAUGGAGCUUCGGAGUGGUUCUCUACGAAAUCCUUACUGGCAGGCGAACUGUGGAAAGAAACCGCCCUGCAGCGGAGCAGAAGCUUCUAUAUUGGGUGAAACAGUUCCCAGUUGACAGUAGCAGAUUUAGCAUGAUUAUUGAUCCAAGACUGAGAAAUGAGUACUCUAUCAAAGCAGCAAGGCAAAUUGCUAAGUUGGCAGAUAGCUGCCUAAACAAGAACGCAAAAGAGCGGCCGGCAAUGACUCAAGUGGUGGCGAGCCUGAAGCAAACAAUACAAGAUUUGGAAGGGGGAAGCACCUCCACAAAUAAGAAUAUUGCCGAAUCAUCUCAAUCUAGCUUGUUUAGGCGAAGACAGAACAAGGUGUAAAUGUUUGGAUACUAAGCACAACGGAUGGAACUAUUAACAGUGCACCUGAAAUUCACUCCAAUGAAAAAUAAAUCCUAGAGUUACAAAAAUUUUGUAAAUGAGUUGAUCCGAUUCAGUGUCGGCUAAGCAAUACCAUUCUUUUCCGUUGCAAAGACCAUAAAUGGAGUGAGGCAGGCAAUAACAAAGAGUGAAUGUGCAGAAUGGUCGUGAAUCUUGAUGCUAAACUUCUGUCUGAUAUGAUUGCAAUGAUUAAUGUAAUAUGGUUUCCAUUAUUUCUCAA